AUGGCUCCUCCUGCUGCUACUCGUACAAUUCCAACUUCAACAACCCUUCUUGUCGGUCCUCCUCAACUGCUCACAAGAAGGUUAAUGUCUUCCAACUCUAACCUUGACAUGGCCGAGGCCGACACGAUCUCCACCAACCCUAUUUCGUUCUCCUCGUGGUAUUCCUUCGGUGAUCCCUGCCUUGAUAUGUUUUUUCAUGUGAAAAGUCGAGAUCAAGAUCACAUCAGUAACGACGACGAAGAUGACGACAUCAAGCAGGAGAGGCGGAAACAGACCUCCCAUUAUAACCAUUAUAGGCUUAACUAUCUGAAGCAACUGCUGCCGGUGGCCUGGUCCCACAAUCCCCUGACCACCCUCAAGCUCAUCUUCAAUCUCCAUUCUAGGAUUAUUCGUAAGGGAAGAAAUUAUCCGGAAGCCUUUCACACAGCCGUGUUUUGGCUCCACCAGAACCACCCCAAGACGCUACUAUGCAACCUCCCCGCCUUCGCAGGUUGGAAAUGGGGUUUCGAUAACCUUCUCGACAUUCUCUACGGCCUUCUAGAACAAGGCCAAGACGCUACUGCGGAGGAGAGGCUCCACCGUGACCCUGACUAUAAGUUGUUACACGACCAGGUUAUGGAUCUCUUGGCGGAGCGGUGGAAGUCUGAUAUUGAAAAAUUGAAGCAGCACAAGCUGGAACUAAAGUCAUUCCAAGACUGGGACCAACUUGAUGAGGCUGAUCAUCUUUUGGUAUCUGGGACUGCAGCGGUUUGCAGCCUCCCCGACCCCCACACCAGCUCCAUUUUGCUUCGUGAAAGCAUUGCGAGGAGGCUUUUCCCACCAGAAUCGGAUCAAUCCGAAGAGUGGGAACGGCUAACCAACGCUUUGGAGCCCUUUUUAAAUUACUACAUGCAUCGAGCCUUACAUGGGAACCACACACUAGAGCGCGCUGAGGUAAAAUGUUUGGAGGAGGUGAAAGCAGCAGCUGCAGCAGGAGGCAAUUUAGGAGGCGGCAUAAUAAAGCCGGAUGCUUUGCUUCCAAAUGAGAUCAUGAAAUAUGCAGAAGAUGAGGAUUUCGGGGAAGCGGCAAACCUUCAGUGGAAGGCAAUGGUGGAGGACAUGUACCUGAAGCAGCGGCAAAAGCAGGGGGAAGAAGGUUUGGGCAAAUUUAAAAACUGUUUGGCAGUGUGUAACAUCACUGAUCACACGGCCAAAUUACAAAGAGAAUUGGGGGUGAGUUUGGGACUUUUGGUUUCGGAACUGAACGAAGAUCCGGCAUGGAAAGGAAAGGUGAUCAGUUUCGGUGAUUUGCCCGAUGGUCAGUCUCAGCCGCUGCUGCAUUCGAUACAAGGCGAUGAUCUCAAGUCCAAGUGCGAGUUUAUGAUGAGGACAUGUCGCAUGAAGUCCAACGAGAGUGUCGAUUUUCGGAAGGUGUGUGAUCUGAUUCUGGAAGUGGUUGAGAAUGAGAACUUGAAGGCAGAGCAGAUGAUCAAGAAAGUGUUUGUGCUCACCGACCUCACAGGAUUCUUUAGCUGCACCUCGAAGACUCUGUAUGAAGCAAAACAGAGCAAGCAUGAGGAGCUUGAGGCUUCCGGAUACGAUGCGUGGCCAUUGCCUCACAUUUUGCUUUGGAAUAUUAGUGAAUGGAAGUAUCCUCAUUCAGAAGAACAUCAUCCAGGGGUGACGCUGAUGAGUGGCGUCAACGACAAUUUGAUCAAGUCCUUCAUGGACAAUGGUGGGGAAAUUGGCCCGCGACAGGUCAUGGAAGCAGCCAUCGCUGACAGAGAGUUUCAAACUUUCUCUGUCGUCGACUGA